CUUGCUGGCUCUAAUGGACGUCGCCGCGCCUGUGAUCCACUCGCUCAAGUAUAUCAAGACUGGGUCGUUUCAAAUUCCAAACUUCCCAGAGUACAUGGCUGUGGGUUACGUUGACGGCGUUCAGAUUUCACACUACGACAGCGAGAGCGGGAAAGCAAAAGCCAAACAGGAGUGGAUGAACAAAAUCACGGCCGAGGAGCCACGCUACUGGGAGACACAGACACAGCUCAAUAUUGCUAAUCAGGAGAGAGACAAAGUCAGCAUUCGUAAUCUUCAAGAGCGCUUCAACCAAACGGGAGGUCUUCACAUGGUCCAGCGGAUGUCUGGCUGCCAAUGGGACAAUGAGACCGGCCAGGUGCAUGGUUGGACUCACUACGCUUACGACGGAGAAGACUUCAUAUGGUUUGAUUGGAAGGGACCGAGAUGGAUCGCCGUCCAGUUGCGAGCUGUUAUCACCAAACACAAAUGGGACAAAGAGGACAACUACAAUGAAUUCCUGAAGUAUUACCUGACUGUGGAUUGUCCAUUUUACUUGAAGAAGUACGUGAGCUUUGGGAGGGACGUCCUGAUGAGAACAGAGCUCCCACGGGUGUCCCUGCUGCAGAAGACGGCGGGCUCGCCGGUCACCUGCCACGCCACUGGUUUCUAUCCCAGAGCGGCCGUCCUCUUCUGGAGAAAGGACGGCAAGCGGCUCGACAAGAACGUGGAGGUGACUGAAAUCCUCCCCAACCACGACGGGACCUUCCAGACUAGCGCUCGCCUCAUAACGGUGGACGAACGCGCUCGCUACGAGUGCGUCUUCCAGCUGGACGGCGUCCCGGAGGAGGUCAUCACCCCGCUGGACCUCGCCGAGGUGCUGAGCAACGAGUGCAUAGAAGCGCAAGCAAGGAGAGAGACGGUGCUGGCCGUCGCCGGCCCCUUGGCCCUCAUCUUUCUGGCCGUCGCCAUCUGCGUCAUUGUCGUCAAGCGCAAACGAGCCAGAUACACGCCAGCUCCAACCCGCUCCAAUUCUGUUUCGUCUUGGAUCGACUCCAUCGAGGCCCCUUCUUCUGAGAACGAGACGGAUUUUUCCCGAGGUGCUGGUUCUGAGAUUUUGGUUCAUUCUCCCGAGACCGACGCCCCCGGGGUCGCUUCAUCCGAGACCGACCACCCCCGGGUCGCUUCAUCUGAGAUCGACACCACCGAAGCUGUUUCUCCCGAGACAGCUUUUUCCCAAACCACUUCUUCCGAGUGAGACGCCCACGCGCAGUUAGGUCAACCCCGAGUCAUUUACCUCUUUUGCCGGCCGAUUCCAUAUUUUGUUUGCUUUUCUUUCCGCGCGUAUCGGAUGACAGGCACGUGCACUUU